AUGAGAAGGCUCAAUAGCACCCCUCAUCACACCAGCGGCUUUGUUCUGGUGGGCUUUUUGGAAUGGCCCCGGCUGGAGAUGGCUCUCCUUGUAGUUGUCUCCAUCUUCUAUAUAUUAACCCUCUCUGGUAAUUCAGCUAUUAUCCUUUUGUCUCGCCUUGAUCCUAAACUCCAUACCCCCAUGUAUUUCUUCCUGGCCAACCUUUCCUUUUUAGAUCUCUGCUAUACUACUUCGACUGUCCCCCAGAUGCUGAUAAAUAUACAGAGCCAUAAGAGAAGCAUCAGCUAUGUGGGCUGCAUAGCGCAGCUGUUCAUCUUCCUCGGCCUGGGGUCUACAGAAUGUGUCCUGCUCUCCAUCAUGGCUUUUGAUCGCUAUGUGGCCAUCUGCCAGCCUCUGCGUUACACAGCUGCCAUGCACUCUACGCUGUGUCAACAGCUGGCAGCCGUAGCCUGGAUAACUGGCUUCAGCAACUCGUUGGUGCAGACAGUUCUGACUUCUUUGUUGCCUCGUUGUGGGAAAUACCAGAUAGAGAAUUUCUUCUGUGAGGUACCUGCCAUGCUUCAGCUAUCAUGCGUUGACACCUGGGUCAAUGAGGUAGAGAUGUAUGCUGCCGUGGUUGUCAUCAAAGUUAUCCCGCUUGGGUUAAUUCUUUUCUCUUACAUCAAUAUUGUCAGAGCAGUCAUAAGGAUACAGUCUUCUGACGGUCGGAAGAAGGCUUUCCACACUUGUGGGUCCCAUCUUCUGGUGGUCAUCAUGUUCUAUGGCUCUGCCAUCAGUGGAUAUGCAUACAUGGCACCGAAGAGCAGCUCAGCUAAACUGAAAGGCAAGCUUUUGGCACUCUUCUAUGGACUCAUGACCCCAAUGCUUAACCCUCUUAUCUAUACCUUGAGGAACAAGGAUGUCAAGGCAGCAGUGAAGAAGAUACUUGGAAGAGAACAAGAGCAAGGAUGGAAUUUAGCUUAG